CGGAAGUGCGGGCCGCGCUUCCGGCGGCCGCUUGAGGCUGGGGGUGUGCUUGGUUCUCCGCGCCUGGACCACCGGGCGCGCGGCCGGCGCCCCGAGUGAGGAGCGCUCUGCCCAGCAUGGCCAAGCCAGCAAGCAAAGACUCAGGCUUGAAGGAGAAGUUCAAGAUACUGCUGGGAUUGGGAACUCCAAGGCCAAAUCCCAGGUCUGCAGAGGGUAAACAGACGGAGUUUAUCAUCACGGCGGAAAUCCUGAGAGAGCUGAGUGUUGAAUGUGCCCUCAGCAAUCGCAUCCGGGUGAUAUGGCAGGUCUGUGAGGUUGCCAAAACGAAGAAAUUUGAAGAGCACGCGGUGGAAGCGCUCUGGAAAGCUGUCUCAGACUUGCUGCAGCCAGAGCGGCCGCCAGAGGCCCGGCAUGCGGUGCUGGCUCUGCUGAAGGCCAUCGUGCAGGGGCAGGGGGACCGCUUGGGCGUUCUCAGGGCCCUCUUCUUUAAGGUCAUUAAGGAUUACCCCUCUAACGAAGACCUCCACGAGAGACUGGAAGUUUUCAAGGCCCUCACGGACAAUGGGAGACACAUCACCUACUUGGAAGAAGAGCUGGCUGAGUUUGUCCUGCAGUGGAUGGACAUCGGCCUGUCCUCAGAAUUCCUUCUGGUGCUUGUGAACUUGGUCAAGUUCAACAGCUGUUACCUCGAUGAAUACAUCGCAUCCAUGGUCCACAUGAUUUGCCUGCUAUGCGUUCAGACCGUGUCCUCUGUGGACAUAGAGGUCUCUCUGCAGGUGCUGGACGCCGUGGUCUGCUACAACUGCCUGCCGGCCGAGAGCCUCCCCCUAUUCAUUGUCACCCUCUGCCGCACCAUCAAUGUCAAGGAGCUCUGUGAGCCUUGCUGGAAGCUGAUGCGCAAUCUCCUGGGUACCCACCUGGGUCACAGCGCCAUCUACCACAUGUGCCGCAUCAUGGAGGACAGAGCCUACAUGGAAGAUGCCCCACUGCUGAGAGGAGCCGUGUUCUUUGUUGGCAUGGCUCUCUGGGGAGCCCACCGGCUCUAUUCUCUCAAGAACUCCCCGACAUCGGUGUUGCCAUCGUUUUAUGAGGCCAUGACCUGUCCGAAUGAGGUGGUGUCCUAUGAGAUCGUCCUCUCCGUAACCAGACUCAUCAAGAAGUACCGGAGGGAGCUCCAGGCCGUGACGUGGGACAUCCUGCUGAACAUUAUCGAACGCCUGCUUCAGCAGCUCCAGAACCUGGACAGCCCGGAACUCAGAGCCAUUGUCCAUGACCUGCUGACCACGGUGGAAGAGCUGUGUGAUCAAAAUGAGUUCCACGGCUCGCAGGAGAGAUACUUUGAACUCAUUGAGAGAUGCGCGGAUCAGAGGCCUGAGUCCUCCCUCUUAAACUUAAUAACCUACAGGGCUCAGUCAAUCCAUCCAGCGAAGGAUGGCUGGAUUCACAACCUGCAGUUACUGAUGGAGAGGUUCUUCAGGAACGAAUCACGCAGCGCCGUGCGCAUCAAGGUGCUGGAUGUGCUGUCCUUCGUGCUGCUCAUCAACAGGCAGUUCUACGAGGAGGAACUGAUCAACUCGGUGGUCAUCUCGCAGCUCUCCCACAUCCCCGAGGAUAAAGACCACCAAGUCCGAAAGCUGGCCACCCAGUUGCUGGUAGAUCUGGCUGAAGGUUGCCACACACACCACUUCAAUAGCCUGCUGGACAUCAUUGAGAAAGUGAUUGCCCGUUCUCUCUCUCCACCCCCUGAGCUGGAGGAAAGGGAUGUGGAGGCAUACUCGGCCUCCUUGGAAGACGUGAAGACUGCGGUGCUGGGGCUCCUGGUCAUCCUUCAGACCAAGCUGUACGCCCUGCCUGCCAGCCACGCCACACGUGUAUACGAGACACUCGUCAGCCACGUCCAGCUCCACUACAAGCACAGCUACACGCUGCCCAUUGCCGGCAGCAUCCGGCUGCAGGCCUUCGACUUCCUGCUGCAGCUGCGGGCCGACUCGCUGCACCGCCUGGGCCUGCCCAGCAAGGAUGGGCUUGUGAGGUUCAGCCCCUACUGCAUCUGUGACUACAUGGAGCCAGAGAGGAGCUCUGAGAAGAAGGCCAGUGGCCCCCUGUCCCCUCCCACGGGGUCCCCUGGCCUGGCGCCUGCAGGCCCUGCUGUGCGACUCGGCUCGCUGCCCUACUCCCUGCUCUUCCGUGUCCUGCUGCAGUGUUUGAAGCAGGAGACCGACUGGAAGGUGCUGAAGCUGGUGCUCAGCAAGCUGCCCGAGUCACUGCGCUACAAGGUCCUCAUCUUCACCUCCCCGUGCAGCGUCGACCAGCUGUCUGCCGCCCUCUGCUCCAUGCUUUCAGGUCCCAAGACCCUCGAGCGCCUCCGAGGCACCCCGGAAGGGUUCUCCAGAACUGACCUGCAUCUUGCUGUGGUUCCCGUACUGACAGCUUUAAUCUCUUACCAUAACUACUUGGACAAAACCAGACAGCGGGAGGUGGUGUACUGCCUGGAGCAAGGCCUCAUCUACCGUUGUGCCAGCCAGUGCGUGGUGGCCCUGGCCGUCUGCAGCGUGGAGAUGCCGGACAUCAUCAUCAAGGCGCUGCCUGUCCUGGUCGUGAAGCUCACGCACAUCUCGGCCACGGCCAGCAUGGCCAUUCCGCUGCUCGAGUUCCUGUCCACUCUGGCCAGGCUGCCUCACCUCUACAGGAACUUCGCCGCAGAGCAGUACGCCAGCGUGUUUGCCAUCUCCCUGCCGUAUACCAACCCCUCCAAGUUCAAUCAGUACAUUGUGUGCCUGGCCCAUCACGUCAUAGCCAUGUGGUUCAUUAGGUGCCGCCUGCCCUUCCGGAAGGAUUUUGUUCCUUACAUCACUAAGGGUCUGCGCUCCAACGUCCUCUUGUCUUUUGAUGACACCCCCGAGAAGGACAGCUUUAGAGCACGGAGCACCAGUCUCAACGAGAGGCCCAAGAGUUUGAGGAUAGCCAGGCCCCCCAAACAAGGCUUGAAUAACUCUCCACCUGUGAAAGAAUUCAAGGAGAGCUCUGCAGCCGAUGCCUUCCGGUGCCGCAGCAUCAGUGUGUCUGAACAUGUGGUCCGCAGCAGGAUCCAGACGUCUCUCACGAGUGCCAGCUUGGGGUCUGCAGAUGAGAACUCGAUGGCCCAGGCUGACGACAACUUGAAAAAUCUCCACCUGGAACUCACAGAGACGUGUCUGGACAUGAUGGCCAGAUACGUGUUCUCCAACUUCACGGCUGUCCCCAAGAGGUCCCCGGUGGGAGAGUUCCUCCUAGCUGGUGGCAGGACCAAAACCUGGCUGGUUGGGAACAAGCUUGUCACUGUGACGACAAGCGUGGGGACCGGGACCCGGUCGCUGCUGGGCUUGGACUCAGGAGAGCUGCAGGGCGGCCCGGAGUUGAGCUCUGACCCCAGUGUGCACAUGAGACAGACAAAGGAGGCGCCAGCCAAGCUGGAGUCCCAGGCUGGGCAGCAGGUGUGCCGUGGAGCCCGGGACCGGGUCCGCUCCAUGUCUGGGGGCCAUGGCCUUCGCGUUGGUGCCUUGGACACUCCAGCCUCCCACUUUCCUGGUGGCCCUACUUCCCCGGGCUCACAGACUGCCCCAACCAACAAGCCCGAGAAGGCCUCAGCCGGCACCCAGCCCCCGGGGCAGAAGGAGAAGACGAACCUGGCAGCUUACGUUCCCCUGCUGACCCAGGGCUGGGCAGAGAUCCUGGUCCGGAGGCCCACAGGGAACACCAGCUGGCUGAUGAGCCUGGAGAACCCACUCAGCCCUUUCUCCUCGGACAUCAACAACACGCCCCUGCAGGAGCUGUCCAACGCCCUCAUGGCUGCCGAGCGCUUCAAGGAACGCCGCGACACAGCCCUGUACAAGUCGCUGUCAGUGCCGGCGGCCGGCUCAGCCAAGCCCCCCCCACCCCCACGCUCUAACACAGUGGCCUCUUUCUCCUCCCUGUACCAGUCCAGUUGCCAAGGAAAGCUGCACAGGAGCAUUUCCUGGGCAGACUCUGCAGUAGUUUUGGAGGAGGGAAGUCCAGGCGAGGCUAGUCUGCCAGUGGAGCCCCCCGAAUUGGAAGACUUUGAGGCAACACUAGGCACAGAUGGGCGUUACCAGCAUGCUGAAGCUUUCAGCAGGUCUUCUUCAACCUCCAGCCAGGAGGAGAAGUCAUUCCACGCUGAGGAGGUGGCUGCUGGGGGGAUCCCCAUCGAGCGGGCCAUCUCCUCUGAGGGCUCCCGGCCCUCUGUGGACCUCGCCUUCCAGCCCUCACAGCCCCUGAGCAAGUCCAGCUCUUCUCCUGAGCUGCAGACCCUACAGGACAUCCUUGGGGACCCUGGGGACAAGGCUGAUGUUGGCCGGCUGAGCCCUGAGGCCAAGGCCCGGUCCCAGUCAGGGAUCCUAGACAGGGAAGGCACUGCCUGGUCAGGCCCAGGCGAAGAGAGCUGUGGCCCCGGCCCAGGCCCCACCCAGCCCGAAGGUCCCUUGCCUUCCAGCUGUCCCCUCUCCCCCAGUGGGCUGCGGCCUCGAGGCUACACCAUCUCUGAUUCGGCCCCAUCACGCAGGGGCAAGAGGGUGGAGAGGGACACCUUCAAGAGCAGAGCUGGGACCUCCAAUACUGAGAAGGUGCCGGGCAUCAAUCCCAGCUUCGUGUUCCUGCAGCUCUACCACUCACCUUUCUUCGGUGACGAGUCCAACAAGCCGAUCCUUCUGCCCAGCGAGUCUUUCGAGCGGUCAGUGCAGCUCCUUGACCAGAUCCCAUCAUACGACACGCACAAGAUCGCCGUUCUGUACGUGGGAGAAGGCCAGAGCAACAGUGAGCUGGCCAUCCUGUCCAACGAGCACGGCUCCUACAGGUACACAGAGUUCCUGACGGGGCUGGGCAAGCUCAUCGAGCUCAAGGACUGCCAGCCAGACAAGGUGUACCUGGGUGGCCUGGACGUGUGCGGGGAGGACGGCCAGUUCACCUACUGCUGGCAUGACGACAUCAUGCAAGCUGUCUUCCACAUCGCCACCCUGAUGCCCACCAAGGACGUGGAUAAGCACCGCUGUGACAAGAAGCGGCACCUGGGCAACGACUUUGUGUCCAUCGUCUACAACGACUCAGGCGAGGACUUCAAGCUGGGCACCAUCAAAGGCCAGUUCAACUUUGUCCACGUGAUCAUCACCCCCCUAGACUACGAAUGCAACCUUGUGUCGCUGCAGUGCAGGAAAGACAUGGAGGGCCUCGUGGACACCAGUGUGGCCAAGAUUGUGUCGGACCGAAACCUGCCCUUUGUGGCCCGCCAGAUGGCCCUGCAUGCAAAUAUGGCCUCGCAGGUGCACCACAGCCGUUCCAACCCCACAGAUACCUACCCCUCCAAGUGGAUCGCCAGGCUCCGCCACAUCAAGCGGCUCCGCCACCGGAUCCGUGAGGAAGCCCACUACUCGAGUGCCAGCCUACCCCUGAUGCAGACACACCCUCCUGGCCAUGCCAAGGCCCCGGCACAGGCCCCGGCCGAGCCCACGCCCACCUAUGAGACCGGCCAGCGGAAGCGCCUCGUCUCCUCCGUGGACGACUUCACUGAGUUCGUGUGAGGCUGUGUGGGGGCUGGUGCCCAGUCCCACUGGGCUUCUCCGAGCGCUGAGCACGUGCCUGGGCUCCCUGGCUGUCAUCUGAGCAGUCGUGCUGCUGGACCUUCCCUGCCCCCGUGAGGCACUGGGUGGUAUUUAUUUGUGCAAAUAAAGUGCUGCUGUGGCCCAGGCCUGUGGGAUCGGACACAGACGCUAGAGUGGACACAGA